AUGGCACUUUUUGAAACUCUUUGUGGACGUCCUUGUAGGUCACCAUUAUGUUGGGCGGAAGUAGGGGACUCACCAAUGCUUGGGCCUGAGUUAUUUCGUGAGACUACUAACAAAGUAGCUCUUAUUCGAAAAAGAUUGAUCACGGCCCAAAGCCGUCAGAAAAACAAUACCGAUCAGAGGCGACGACCAUUAUCUUUUGAAGUAGCAGACCAUGUAUUUUUGAAGAUCUCUUCAAGGAAGGGAUUGAUGAGAUUUGACAAGAGUGGAAAAUUAUCUCUCCAAUUUAUUAGCCCUUUUGUCAUUAUUGAGCGGAUAGGAAAAGUUACUUAUCAUCUUGCCUUACCACCUCAACUCUACGGGGUGCAUGAUGUGUUCCAUGUAUCAGUGCUUCGGAAAUACGAGCCCUAUCCCUCUCACAUGGUAGACUGGACAAAGAUUGAAGUUGAUGAAGAUGUAUAUUAUGAGGAAAAACCGAUCCAAAUUCUUGACACACUAGAGCAAAUGUUAAGAGGUAAGACCAUUCCACUAGUCAAAGUGUUGUGGCACCAUCACAGGGUACAAGAAGCAACUUGA